AUGGAUGCGGCAAUGAAUUCUACGAUCGCGGGGACGAGCACUUUGAAGAUCGUAUCGACCGUGGUGUACUCUUUUUUAGGGUCUGUUGGAGUAGUAGGGAAUUCUUUGGUUCUCAUCGUGUUGAUCUCGGUGAAAGAACUUCGCAACAUUACCAACCUCUUCAUCGUUAACCAAUCCAUCCUGGACAUGAUUGCUUCGCUUUUCCUCUUUGCGAAUUACAUCGCUCCACCACUACCUUUGCCAAAUCGUGAAUGGUCUGGGAGGUUCGUCUGUUCCAUCUGGAAUUCUGGCUAUUUGUUCUGGGGUACAAUCAUCUCAUCCACCUAUAAUCUUGUGAUGAUGUCGAUUGAGCGCUAUUUGGCUGUCAUCCACCCCGUUGUCUACCGUAGCAAAUUCAGCUACCGUCUUGCCGCUGUCGUGGCUGUUUCUCCUUGGAUCAUAGGCUUCGGUUACGAAGGUCACUGGGCUGCGGCCAACCGAUAUGAUGACGGUCAAUGCAAUAUUCACUACGCCAGCACCGUCGUCCAGAAGUUUACCGGUUGCCUGACAUUCACCGUUGAAUUCCUCUUACCGAUAGCUGUUAUGGCAUUUGUGUACAUCAAUAUCGGAAAGUCACUUCGUCUACGAAUCGCGGACAUCAACCACUCGACGACUAUGCCAUCGGCCACUGCAGAAAGCACUGUCAACAACGGAAACAACGCCGGUGAUCAGCCAGUUGCACCAAACUAUCGAGAAAAGAUGCACGUUCACAAACGAUUACGCCAACAUGAUGCUAUCAUCAUCGAAGUAGUUCGGGCCUCAACUAUGCUAUCGACAUGA